AUGAAGGUGCUCCCUGCAUCUGGCCUCGUCGUCCUCCUCAUCACCGCUUUGAAGUGUUCCACGGCAGCCCCCUCCCUGUUUGCAGCCACUUCCAGGACCUCAAGGAACAACUACCACCUUGCCCAGGCGUAUCUUGAGAAGUUUUACCCAAAGAAAGGAGAACACCAGGUUGGUGAGAUGGUUGCAAGAGGAGGCAAUUCCAUGAUAAGGAAGAUUAAGGAGCUGCAGGCCUUCUUUGGCCUCCAAGUCACGGGGAAGUUGGACCAGCAGACAAUGAACGUGAUCAAGAAGCCUCGAUGUGGAGUCCCUGAUGUGGCCAACUACCGUCUCUUCCCAGGUGAACCCAAAUGGAAAAAAAAUACUUUGACAUACAGAAUAUCCAAGUACACGUCUUCCAUGAGCUCGGCGGAGGUGGACAAGGCCGUGGAGAUGGCUUUGCAAGCUUGGAGCAGCGCCAUCCCGCUGAACUUCGUGAAAGUGAACUUGGGAGAAGCGGACAUCAUGAUCUCUUUUGAAACUGGAGAUCACGGGGAUUCCUAUCCAUUCGAUGGUCCUCGGGGGACUCUGGCUCAUGCCUUUGCACCUGGAGAAGGCCUGGGAGGCGAUACUCAUUUCGACAAUGCUGAGAAGUGGACGAUGGGAAUGAAUGGCUUCAAUUUAUUCACGGUUGCUGCUCAUGAAUUUGGCCACGCACUGGGCCUGGCUCACUCCACAGAUCCGUCAGCGCUGAUGUAUCCAACUUACAAGUACCAGCAUCCCUAUGGGUUCCACCUCCCCAAGGACGACGUGAAAGGGAUCCAGGCAUUGUAUGGCCCUCGGAAAACACUCCCAGGGAAGCCCACCAUGCCCCAUUUACCCCCGAAAAAACCGUCAAACCCUGACCUCUGCGACUCCAACUCGCCCUUUGAUGCCGUGACCAUGCUAGGAAAGGAGCUGCUCUUCUUCAGAGACAGGAUUUUCUGGCGGCGGCAAGUGCACUUGACCACUGGAAUCCGGCCCAGCACAAUUACCAGCUCCUUCCCCCAGCUUAUGUCUAACGUGGAUGCAGCUUACGAAGUGGCUGAGAGGGGCGCAGCUUACUUCUUCAAAGGUCCCCACUAUUGGGUAACAAGAGGAUUUCAGAUGCAAGGUCCUCCUCGAACUAUUUAUGACUUUGGGUUUCCACGAUACGUGCAACGAAUAGAUGCGGCUGUCUAUCUCAAGGAGGCCCAGAAAACCCUUUUCUUCGUGGGAAAUGAAUACUACAGCUAUGAUGAAAGAAAAAGGAAAAUGGAAAAAGACUACCCAAAGAAUAUUGAAGAAGAAUUUUCUGGAGUAAAUGGCCAAAUAGAUGCUGCUGUGGAAUUAAAUGGGUACAUAUACUUCUUUUCAGGACCCAAAGCAUACAAGUAUGACACCGAAAAGGAAGAUGUGGUUAGUGUGGUGAAAUCGAGUUCCUGGAUUGGUUGCUAA